UCGAUCUAUUCCCUGUCGCGCGUUAGUUUCGCGAGUCAACUCGCCCAGCUCAGCUCCAUCCAACUCCCCGAUGCUACCUCUUUGUCCGCGCGCAUAUCAUGCAUGCCCACAUCAGCCAGCGCCGCGAACGCUUUGAAAGACUCCUCGGAGCAGAUAAGACGCUGGAUCCGCAACGCCCACACUGUACUGCAAGGCUUGGACGCCGAAGAUGAUGUCGAGUGGGCCGCUGCUGGCGGUAGGGAAGGCUUGGAUCAUGUCGAUCGUGCAAUUGGCCGUUUCGACAAGGUCGUGAAGCUCUACGUACUCUCGGUUGAAGAGCUGCACCUACGACACGAUAUUGAGACACUGCCAAAAGACCAAGUUCAGGCAAAUUCAGACGAUAUGGAAGUCGUUAUCAAGGAAUGGCAAAAGAUCAAGGAUUCACUGGCUGGCGUGAAAGAGCAGGUCGAAAUUGCUAUGGAAUGGGAAGAAUUGUCCAACUCGGUUGGUACUGGAAUUGCUCACGAACUCGACGACCUGGCAGGCCUGGUGUUUGAGAUGGAAGAGCAAAGGCAUCAAUCUGUUGCAUCAAACGCCGACGCCGAUCAGCACGUCGACAUUGACGAGCUGAAACACAUCGUCGACGAAAAGGCUGGCAAUGGUAAAGCUGCUCCUAAUCCUCGCCUGAGUUUACCGCCUCCUUUCUCGCCCACGUCAGCCCUACAGACCACUCCGACGAUAGGCAACAUGGAGGAUAACCUGCUGGCCUUGUUCGCUCGUAUGCAACCUCUCAGGGCCUCUUUGGACUUCUUGCCGAUGCGCUUAUCCGUGUUUCACUGCAGAGGUAAUCCCGUAUUUCCUACCGCUUGCCUCAACCUGGAGGCCAGGAGAGACUCCCUAGAGGCUCAAUGGAAGAAGCUCGAGGCUGAUGCAGAAGCCCUGCGUCGUGAACUGGGCGAGGAUCGUUGGCUUUUGGUUUUCCGCAAUGCUGGAAGACAGGCCCUCAAGAUGUGUCAAUCUGUUUCACGAAGCGUACAGAAGUUGGCGACAGCUCUCGAUCGUGACGAGCAGCAUACAGAUACUGCUGCAUUGGCAAAGAAGGUUGAGAGUUACGAAGCCAAGAAGAACCAUUACGGCACCGCCAUUGAGAGAGUACUCGCCAUCAUAGAUCGAGGAGUGCUAGAUCGACUGACCGUCAACGGCGAGAUCCUGGGUCUUCAGUCUGACAUGAAACGAAAAUGGGCAGGUAUCCAAGCAGAGAUGCGUGAGCUGGACUCGCGUUUGCUAGGUGUAAAUCUCGAUAUGAGGAAUCAGCAAUUGCGAGAUUCUGUCAGUACUAUCGUCUCGUCCGAGCAUUCCAUGACCAGUAGCUUCAUGGACACACCUAGGAGUUCCUCGGCUUCGUCAGUCAGUCGACCCGACAUGACACCCAGACGUUCUUCUCGCUUCACUCGUUUCGUCAGCGCAAUUCCACGCAUAACUCCACAAUCGAAACCGAAGUCAUCUUCGAGCCACAAAGCUUCACAGGGCAUUGCAAGACCCGGCGGAGCAACAUAUAUUCCAUACACUCCCCCGCCUGCAACAGAUCCUCUAAUCCGUCAAUUCAAGGCCCCGGAAAACAAGCCCAGAUGGAACAUUGCAACCAACACAAGAAGCACAUCUCUCAAUUCUCUUCAUCCACCCACCUCAGAACCUGCCACGAAUCGACGAGUCACUCUUCCCCACCGGCCAACGACACCACACUCCACAGGUUCCAAGAUCCCUACCCCAAGCUCUUUCAGCCGCAGCACAAAUUCCCCAGGCCCUUACUCACCAGCCACACCCUCAAAACGU